AAAAAAAUAAGAUUGACAAGGUUAUGUCAAAAAAAAUUUAACAUGCAAAACAAAAUAUGGAUACAGAAAAUUGGCACCCACAUAAUUUAGUUUAAACUUAAAUUGAGGUUCAUAUCUAUCAGUUAAUUGGAAAAUCAAACAAAAUCAAUAAAUACCUAAUCAUGAAGACAGCUCUUAUGGUGGCGGAAAAGCCAUCGUUGGCCCAAAAUCUAGCCAACAUACUUAGCAAUGGCAAAUGCACUACAACUAAAGGUAUGAAUACAGCAUGUUCUAUCCACGAAUGGACCGGGAUGUUCAAAAACGAUUCGGUUCGUUUCAAAAUGACUUCUGUCUGUGGUCACGUUAUGACUUUGGAUUUCACCGGCAAAUACAACAAUUGGGAUAAGGUAGAUCCUGUUGAGUUGUUCAUCUGUCCGACGGAAAAGAAAGAAUCGAUGCCACGACUCCGGAUACCGGCUUUUCUAGCCCAGGAGUCUAGGGGAUGUGAUUAUCUAAUACUGUGGUUGGAUUGUGAUAAAGAAGGGGAGAAUAUUUGCUUCGAGGUAAUGAGUUGCGUGCAACCUUAUAUGAAAGGAGAUGUUCUUUCGCCCCUUGUUACCUACCGGGCCCACUUUUCGGCUAUCACAGAAAAGGACAUCAAAGCAGCCAUGCUGAAUCUCGGAAGACCCAAUGAAAAUCAAUCUAGAAGUGUUGAUGCUCGUCAAGAACUCGAUUUGAGAAUUGGAUGUGCUUUUACUAGAUUUCAAACUAAAUAUUUUCAAGGAAGGUAUGGAGAUUUGGAUGCUUCACUCAUAUCGUACGGUCCAUGCCAGACUCCGACCCUGGGGUUUUGCGUGCAGCGUCACGACGAGAUCCAAACCUUCAAGCCAGAAACUUACUGGGUGUUGCGUGUAACGGCUAGUACGUCUGAAGGAAGGGAAUUGCCGCUUGAGUGGAAACGAGUCAGAUCUUUUGAGAAGGACAUUGCUAAUAUGUUCCUCUCAGGAAUUAAGGAGUGUAAAGAAGCUACUGUGAUCAAUAUCCAAGCCAAAGAGAAAGUGAAGGCGCGUCCAACCGCCCUGAACACAGUGGAACUGAUGAGGGUCGCCAGCGCCGGCCUGGGGAUGGGACCGCACCAUGCAAUGGCGGUUGCGGAGAGACUGUACACUCAAGGAUAUAUCUCCUACCCUCGUACCGAAACCACAAGCUACUCAGAGAAUUUUGAUCUCAUGGGAACCCUCCGUCAACAGCAGAGCUCAAGUAAGUGGGGCGCAGAGGUACGGGCACUGAUCUCCAACGGCAUCAACAAGCCGAAGAAGGGCCACGACGCGGGCGACCACCCCCCCAUCACCCCCUUAAGGGCUGCUUCGGAGUCGGAGCUGGAGGGCGACAUGUGGCGCAUCUACGACUACGUGACGCGGCACUUCAUAGCGACGCUGUCGCGCGACUGCAAGUUCCUCUCCACCACCAUCACCUUCCGCAUCGCCGCCGAGACCUUCCACUACACCGGCAACGCGCUGCUCGACGCCGGCUACACCGAGCUCAUGCACUGGCAGGCGUUCGGCAAGGACGAGUUCGUGCCGACGCUGCACGUGGACGACGUGCUGCGCGCGCACGACCACCGCCUCGUGGAGUGCCAGACCGCGCCGCCGGACUACCUCACCGAGUCCGAGGUAAUCACCCUGAUGGAGAAGCACGGCAUCGGCACGGACGCGUCCAUCCCGGUGCACAUCAACAACAUCUGCCAGAGGAACUACGUGACGGUGGGCAGCGGCCGCCGCCUCGUGCCCACCAACCUCGGCAUCGUCCUCGUGCACGGAUACCAGAAGAUCGACCCCGAGCUGGUGCUGCCCACGAUGCGCUCGGCCGUGGAGGAGCAGCUCAACCUGAUCGCCGUGGGGCGCGCGGACUUCCACGCCGUGCUGUCGCACACCACCGAGAUAUUCCGUAGGAAGUUCCAGUACUUCGUGAGGUCCAUCGAGGGCAUGGACCAGCUGUUCGAGGUCAGCUUCUCGUCGCUGAAGGCCAGCGGGAAGGCGCUGUCCAGGUGCGGCAAGUGCAGGCGCUACAUGAGAUACAUACAGGCGAAGCCUGCCCGUCUCCACUGCUCGCACUGCGACGACACGUACUGCCUGCCGCAGAACGGCACCGUCCGCAUCUACCGCGAGCUCAAGUGUCCGCUCGACGACUUCGAGCUGCUCUCCUGGUCCUCCGGCAGCAAGGGGAAGAGCUUCCCCCUCUGCCCCUACUGCUACAACCAUCCGCCCUUCAGGGACAUGAAGAAGGGUUUCGGUUGCAACUCGUGCACGCACCCGACGUGUCCGUACGGCGUCAACUGGACCGGAGUCUCCGGCUGCGUCGAGUGCGAGGCCGGCGUGCUCGUGCUCGACCCCGCCGCGCCGCGCUGGAAGCUCGCCUGCAACCGGUGCGACGUGAUCAUAAACAUAUUCGAGGACGCGGCGCGCGUGUCGGUGUGCGAGCAGGCGUGCGCGGCGUGCGGCGCGCAGCUGGUGGCGGUGGAGUACCGGCCCGAGCGCACCCGCCUGCCUGCCGCGCUCACCGAGAUGACGGCCUGCCUCUACUGCGAGCCCAUCUUCAGCGCCCUGGUUGAGAAGCACCGUGCGGUGACGUCACGCGCGGGCGGCGGGGCGGCGCGGGGCGCGGGGCGGGGCGGGCGGCCGCGGGUGCACAAGCACCGGGCCAAGCAGCCCAAGGACAAGAUGGCGCUCCUGGCCGCGUACUUUGUAUGACCAGCCGCCCUCACCCUCCUCCCCCCGGGAACGUGAGCCGCGCGUCGCGUGACAAAACGUCGCAACUCCAAUACGAACGAGUUGCUAAAAUCGAUUUUAUUGCUAGCACUUGACAUGUGUUUUACGUGUGUACUCUUUGCUCUACUACCGACUAAUCUUUAGAGAAACAUUAGAAACGUAAUCUUGUUCGAUUAUAAUUUUUGAUUUGGGAUGGCUCUGGUCAUGGACAUACAAUAUUAUGCAUUUAAGAUGUCGAUAAGUAUGCUAUUUGAUUCGUGUUAAAAUCGUCUUUAUGUUCAUGGUAAUAGCUUCGAUGAAAUAGCGUUUUAAUGUUUUUAUUUAAAUAAAUUAAUAAUAAUCGGGAGCGAAUCACACAUGGUCAUCCAGCCCCUAAUUUAGGAUUUCCUAUAUUACGGGUACCAGAGAUUGACAUACAUACUUAUACAAGUUUUUUUAAAUAAGUACAUAUAUAGAUAAUAAACAGGCGAAGAGCAAACAAAGCUGUUCAUCACACGAAUGUUUGCUCAAUGUGGGAAUCGAACCCACGACCCUCGGCGCAACAGCCAGGAGCGCUAACUACUGCACCACCGAGUCAGUCAAACUAUUACAUUAUAUUAAUUAUGUAAAGUAUUUACUUCAGUGUUUGCGACAUAACUAAAGCUACAUGAAUGGUUUAACCUAUCGUCUAUUAUUGUCAUUAUAUUAUUUGCGGCGCCUCGAAUGCUGUGCAGUUCUCAUGGUCACACUGACGACUAAGCCGUAAGAUUAUUUAUUAACAUUGGAUUAUUACGCUAAGUAACUAAUAUACUAUUAAAAAAUAUAUAGAUUUUUACCUUUACGGAAUGUUUACAAAGCUCGAAAGAGUCUAGAGUCUAGAGAAUACACUAGGACGCUAAAACCCGCAAAACCGAACCGCAAAUGUAGUUUUUAAUCAUAGUAAAUAAAGUUUACAUUUCCUAUGUCGUGUUUGUAAUUACGGUAUAUGUAUAUAUAAAAAUGAAUUGCUGUUCGUUAGUCUCGCUAAAACUCGAGAACGGCUGGACCGAUUGGGCUAAUUUUGGUCUUGAAUUAUCUGCGGAAGUCCAGAGAAGGUUCAAAAGGUAGAUAAAUUUGAAAAUGCUCGGAAUUACAUAAAAAUAAUGAUUUUGUUUUUGCUUUGAUGUGUGUGUCCCCCGUCGUACGGAUUCCUUUUGUUUGUUUUAAGUUUAUUUUAUACAAAAGUUUAGGUCUUUUAUUUCUCGAUUGAGGCACUACGAAGCCUGCCGGGUCAGCUAGUUACGAUAUAAUUAUUAUUGAAAGGCACUACACGUAUUGUGUAUAUGUGUGUAUAUUGCUCACGCCCCUUGCAGUUCCAAAGUGGGGCGAACUGGCGAAGAAACUUUUUUUUUUAAUCUACCUAAGCUGAUAGCCUUGAGAGGCUAUGUCAGCGUAACUGGGUGAGUAGAUGAGCUCACGGGGCUCAAACCGGGAGUGUUGCUAACACAGGCCCUAGCAAGAGCCGUGAUUCGCAGAAUCUACCACCGGAUCGGAAAGGCGACCCACUGAGAAGAUCCGGCGAGAAACUCAGUGGGCUGUGUCUGUGGGUUAAUUCACUCGUCGAGCCCUUCGUCGCAAGCCAGGAGUUCGGUGAGGACGGUGACCGGUGUUUGAGGUACCUAAAAGCACCGUUAAUGGAUCGGGAGAAACCUUAGAGAUCUGUGUCAUUAAGGGAUUUUCAAUUGAGUUUUAAAAUCAUACUCUGUGUGCUUAGUGCGAGUUUUUUAACGUUCUCGAUAACGUAAAAGUUAUGAUUUAGAAUGGGAUCGUUUGCCUACGUUUGCCGCUAGGGGCGCUGUUUCAAAUGCACACAAAAUUGGGUUAACUUUUACGCUAUCGAGAACGUUAAAAAACUCGCACUAAGCACUCUGUUGAAUGUCUGUAGCAUACAUACGUAGUUGUACUGUAGUGUUCAUGUAUAACAUAUGCUGAUUAAAUCAUGUCUCUUUCUAAUCUAUUAAAUUUUGUAUGGUUUGAUAAUGUUGUAUUAUAGAAAUAGAGCUUGUUUUAUUUGUGAAUAUGAUAUCGUCGCUUACGUAGAGCAAGACUUACAAGUUAACGCUUACAAGUUAAUCUAUUAAUAAGUCUAUAGUUUGUAUGUUUCUUGAUAUAAGAACAAUUCGAAUCAACCAUUAUUAUGCUUUUGAAGUGAUAAUUUCGGUAAACCGGUACGUUACGUAACGCGUUACGGCGUUAGUCUGUCUAGCUUCUCUCUCUCUCUCUCUCUCUCUCUCUCUCUCUCUCUCUCUCUCACUCACGCAUACGGCAUCGGUACAGAGGACGUAUGUAACUCGUAACUAUUUACAUAUCGACGCUUGAAAAACAAACGUAACUAAGCGACAAUGCGUGAACUUUACAGUAGACUAAUUUAAAUUUGAAAUACCUGAAAACAAAAUUUAUUUUAACGAAUCUAGCUGUAGUAGAAUCUAGCUAGUAGCUGUAGGAUUGAAAUGAUAUUAAUAGACCUAGAAAUAUAUUUUUUCUGCGCAUCGAAUAUGGUUAUUGCCCAUCAUUUAUGUACAAAGCAGUUAUUGUCGCUUAGUCACGUUUGCCUUUCAAGCGUCGAUUAUUUUUCAAUUCAUGUUACAAUUUUCCUUACAUUAUCAUAUUAAGAUACAUAAAAUUUAAGUAAUAACCUAAGAUUUUCUCAAGUUAAAUAGUUCAACUUAGAUUAGCUUAAGCUAUCACUUGUGUCGGGCGUCCCGAGACGCAUAUUUGGUUAUAUUUGUAUACGCGUGUGUAACAUUUGUAUUUAUAAUAUAUAAAUGAAUGUCAUCAACUAUGUAAUGUUUUAUUUGACCUCGUGUUUUGGUUGCUUAGGUGCUGCAACUCAGUCGGUUUAGUGUUCCAUUGUACGGAGCUUCUAAUUAUCACUUCAGAUUGGUUAUGGUUGACAGUAUUGUUUUAGCUUGAACGCUACUAAAGUUAGUGGUCAUUUAUGUGUCCUUAAUAGCCCCAAUGCAUUAUGUGUCAAUUGAUAUAAGCUUGAGCGGUAGGUAGGUGCUCGAAUUCGUAAUGCGAUAGUUGACGCUGAUUAGAACACGACGCCGUUUUGUUUAUUCUGUGUGCUUGUUUAGUGCGAGCUAUUUAACGUUCUCGAUAGCGUAAAAGUUAACUCACAUUUGUAUGCAAUUGGAAUGUUGGCCUACGUUUGCCGCUAGGGGCGCUGCAAACAAAUUUGAGUUAACUUUUACGCUAUCGAGAAUCUUAAAAAACUCGCGUUAAGUAUACUGCUCCUGUUUGAAAAGGCAGUCGUUAUCUGAUACAAUGACACUUCGAUUCUAUGUAUGUUUCAACGGUAACAACACUCGCUAUGUGAUUCCUAUGCAUAUCGGAAAGCACAUGUUGACAAAUCGGCAGUUAAAAUACAUCGGGGUGUGGCGAAGUCAAAUAGAUGGCAGUAUGGCGGUAGCUAUCACAGAACACAAGAUAUUUGACAGACGCUUUUUACUGUUUUUUUUACUGGACCUCUUGUGAGUCGGCGCGGUACCACCCCCCAGCCUAUUUCUGCCGUGAAGCAGUAAUGCGUUUCGGUUUGAAGGGUGGGGCAACCGUUGUAACUAUUCUUUGAGACCUUAGAACUUAUAUCUCAAGGUGGUAGGCGCAUUUACUUUGUAGAUGUCUAUGGGCUCCAGUAACCACUUAACACCAGGUGGGCUGUGAGCCCGUCCACCCAUCCAAGCAAUAAAAAAAAAACGCUUGAAUCUCGCUUACGUCGUUUUCAAGUUAAGCUUGCAUAUAUGCAAUUUCCGAACAACAACAUUCGAGCUGUAGGUCUACCGAGCAAUAUCACCCGCUCGGUGGAAGAUCUUCCCUUCGUCGUUAAACCCACAAAGCAGCAAAAUAUUAGCUUUAAGACAGGCUUGCAGUGAAACGAUCAAAAAGUAUUGUAGUCUUCAUUUUAUUGUGAAGAUUGUUGCCUAAAGUAAUGUAUAGGUACACUUAGGUCUGGUGGUACAACUGGCGGACAAAAUAUUCAAUGAAUUCUCGUCAUAGUUUUUGAAAUAUAUAUAUAUAAGUGGCGAGAGAACAUUUCUUGUAUUUUGUUCACCAGUUGUGUUAGCAACUUAAUUUGUACACUAGCGCCUCUAGCGGUCGAAUGUGGAUCUUCUAGUGUGGGGAAAAGUUUAAAAUUUGAAAAUUGGAAUGUUGCGAAAACCGCAUUUAUUCUUUCCACUUAAGGUUUACUUUUAAAUACGAUUUGACGUUCGACUUUUAGAAGCGAAAGUGUACUUACACUGUACAUACAAUAAGUGUGUCACUUACGUUUUAUUACUCUAUUUUUCGUUACAUUGAUCUAUUAUAUAUUGUUUUAUUUUAACAAAUUUAGUUAUGGAGUUUUAAUAGAAUUAUAAAAAAAAAUAUGAUUUAGUAGUGUACUUUUAAAGGUAUGUUGAAGCGAAAUAAUAUAUUUCUGCUUUACAAAACUUGAAUAGAAAUUUCCGGACAUACAUACAGACUAGCCCGUAAUAAAAACCAGGCAUUAUGAUAUUUAAGCGAUAGAUACCAAUAUUUCGAAAGUAUACAUAAAUAAAUAAAUAUUCAAUUCCUAAUGUUUCGUCUUAAAAAUAAUAAUUCUUCAAAAUUAUAUAUUUUUCAUUUAAAAAAAAUGUAAUUUUUACGUAAUCAUAAAAUGUUGUCCAUUUUUUUUUGUGCUCCAUUUUACAAAUCAUAUUUUAGAUGUUGAAGCGAAUGCUUUUAUGAUUUUCAAGCACUGAUCUGUGAUUUAAUUAACACAUUCUACAAAGUUAAGUUACAAAUUAAAUAUUUAAUAGAUUUAUGGUUUUUGAUAUGCGCAAAAAUUCACAACAUGCAUAAUUGAUCUUUAGUGUCCGAUACAGACAUUACAUUCUUUUUUAUUCAUUGAAUGCUAUUCAUAAACUAAAUAUUAUUAUUGAGAAUACAAAAAUAAAUAAUGUGAAUACAUA